AGGAGAGAGAGAGAGCGAGCAGUAGAGAGGGAUGAGCGAGAAGGAGAGGGAGGGAGAGCAGAGCGAGGAGCUACAGAGACAGCUGUUCCUCCGCGUGUGUGCCUCUCUUGUUUAUCUUCCCCCAGCAGAAAGAGAGAGACAGACAGACAGACAGGAAGAGAGAGACAAAGAGAGAGAAACAGAGAGAGAGAGAGAGAGAGAGAGAGGCUGCCUGUGUUUGGAUGCGUCGAGCGUUCCGCGUGUGACUCUCUCUGACUCCUUUCUCCGUACAACCAAGGGGGAUGGUCUCUGUUGCCACGGCGCCCGGGGGUUGAUGUGAAGCUGAAGUCGUCAGGGCAGCCGCUGGUAGAACCGACGCUGCGCUGGAACUACAGCCGAGCGGGACGCUGUGUCCCUCUGUCUCCGUGUGCUGCCUCUGCCAGGCUGCGGCGUGUUUGCUAGUGUGUGUGUCUGCUCGUGUGUGUGUGUUUGCUUGUGUGUGUUUGUGUGUGUGUGCGAGAGAGGAUUUGAUUGCUCCCCAGUAGGUCUGCCGUCUGCGUGGCAUUGUUUUGGGUUAGAGAGAAGUGUGUGUGUGUGUGUGAUGUUAGAGGACAGUCCAGUGUGCUAGUGUGUGCUUCAGGUCCAGUCAGCAGAUUCUGGAGGGGUCAGAACGGAACCAAACAGAACCUCACAAGCUCGCUGUCCUUGCCUCGCGCGGCGUCAGCACGCGGAUAUCCUUCUGUGAUAUUCAGUCUACAUCAGACUCGCCUUUCACAGGGUUUAGUGUGAGCCGCCGAGGGAAUUCUGUUGCCAGGAAUCGGCAACCAACUGUUUGGGUUGUUUUGGUUGCCGGGUGGUCCCCGUGUGCUGUUGCCCACGCCGACCGCCAGGCAGGCCAGCCUUGGACGGAGACUGGGUCCACUUGUUUACAGAGAAAGGGUCUCCCAUUGAUAGGUCUCUCUGGGAGGAGUAGCAAAGACCCACUGAAGUGUGAAACUGUUUGAGAGAAGUGUGUGUGUGUGUGUGUGUGUGUGUGUGUGUGAGGGAGAGAAGAGGGAGCAUCUGUGUGUGUGAUCAACUGUGUGUGUGUGCCGGCUGUAGGACACACGUUGUACGCCUGUGUUGAAGAGGACUGAGGACCUGUGUGUGUGUGUGUGUGUGUGUGUGUGUGUGUGUGUGUGUGUGUGUGUGUGAGGACCCAGACGGGCCAUGCUGUGCCCGACGUCCUGUCUGCCCCUGCUGAGGGGACCUGGCUCACUGGCGCUGUCUGCUGGGGUGGCAUCGCCAGCGAGGGGUGGGGGGGCGCUGUGGCGGCAGGGCCGGGCCAAGGGUCUGAGGUCGGGGGUCGGGGGCGUGACCAGACCCGUGUGCCGCGCCAGACCACAGACCGGGAGCAAGUACGCCUCCGCCGGCUGCCUACUCUCCCUCCACCACAGCGAGAAACCGGAGCACGAGGAGGUGUGCGAGUUCCGCCCCUACACCUGCCCGUGCCCGGGGGCCUCCUGCAAGUGGCAGGGCUCCCUGGACGCCGUCAUGCCCCACCUGAUGCACGCCCACAAGUCCAUCACCACCCUGCAGGGCGAGGACAUCGUGUUCCUGGCCACGGACAUCAACCUGCCGGGCGCCGUGGACUGGGUGAUGAUGCAGAGCUGCUUCGGUCAUCACUUCAUGCUGGUGCUGGAGAAGCAGGAGAAGUUCGAGGGCCACCAGCAGUUCUUUGCCGUGGUUCUGCUCAUCGGCACGCGCAAGCAGGCCGAGAACUUUGCCUACCGGCUAGAGCUGAACGGGAACCGGCGGCGGCUGACCUGGGAGGCCACGCCUCGCUCCAUCCACGACGGCGUCGCCGCCGCCAUCAUGAACAGCGACUGUUUGGUGUUCGACACCUCCAUCGCACACUUGUUCGCCGACAACGGCAACCUGGGGAUCAAUGUCACCAUUUCCAUGUGCUGAGGGGUGUGAACACACACACACACACACUCGAUGCGCACACACACACACACACGCAUACUUUCUGGAACACACACACGCGCUCUGGAAAUGCUCUCAGUCUUAUUAUAGUGGGACAGACUGCGGUCUUGUGUUGAAUGCCCCCUCCCUACCUCACAAACACACGCACACACUCACAUGCACACAUUCUUACACACACAUGGGGCAGAGACCUGCGUACUGAUGUUUACACAAAGCAGUAGAGGGUUAUGAAUGAGGAUGGUGAAAAGGGUGCGUGUGUGUGUGCGUGUGGCAUCUCUGGUUGUGCUUGCUUCACGUGACGGCAGGAUGGAUGUUGUGGUGAGUGUGAGAAGGGAGUGUUGGCACUGGGAGAGUCUCCAUGUGGUGGACUUGAUUGAUUAAACCCCUGCUCUUCUCCAAGUCCAACUUCCCGCCCAAUAGCCCCUCCACCGCCCAGCCUGCCAAUGCCAGGCCAGGAUGGAGGGGGAGGGGCAGUCUGGUCACGGUGACUUCUCCCAACGGAACCUCACCACAGCCAAUCGUGUUUCAGCAAACUGUUCUGUUGACCAAUCAAAGGCUUCUGAAGCGCUUGUUCGCGUCGAGGGAGCCCGUAGUCUUCCUGCCAAGCUUGUACUCGUUUAUAUCUCUCCCCAGACUGUUUUUUACGUGUCACCACAGAAGCAUGACGAUGAUGAUGAUGAUGAUGAUGACGAUGAUGACGAUGAUGAUGAUGACGAUGAUGAUUACGACACGUGAAGCAGUCUGAUUAUAAGGUGUCUGUCUAGCUCAUAAACCUUAACUGAAGUCGUUAUGGUGACAUAAUGCUGCCAUAAACUUGAUAUGAAACCUGUCCGAGCGCUGUACUGCAUAAUGAAAUGUUUAACCAUAACCAGGAUAUAAUGGGGUUAUGUACCACAGAGACCACUAAUUAUGAGGUGUCAUUAAAACUCCCUAAUGACUGACAGGUGUCAUGUCUUGUUUAACAUGGCAUUAUGUAGCCUUCUGGAUGUGUGUGUAUGUGUGUGUGUUGCUGUGUGCUUGUGCACAUGAAGGGUUUGUGUGAAUAUGACGGUUAGUCAGCAGAUUGUGAAGCUCUGUUUGGUAGCUGACUCAUAACAAGUAACACUCCUUUUAACAACACUGUGGAGCUGUUUCCGCAAAAGGCAGAUGUGUGUGUUGUAAAUACACACACACACACUGUACUUUAGUUGAGUCAUUAGAUCUACUCAAACAGUUCCAUCAGAUGCGUAGAAUCCGGAAUCUUCUCAAGACUCCGAUGUGGAGGGUUCUUCUUGGUCGGUCAGCCUUCUACAGUCGUCCUGCUCUUGUGUUGAAGCCUUCUGGUCACCUGCCGCCGCCCCCAGCAGCUGGUGUUGGUGCUGCCCAGGGUGUGCAGAGGACAGCUGGGCCACGCUCACCCGGAAACCUGCUUAUCUUGGGGAUAUUGGGCGUGUCCAUCUUGGAUGGUAAUGGAAUAUUGAGUGUAACUUCUAAAUCACCUCUGGAUUAGCUGAGUCUGGAGUCUAUGAGGCCCUUAAGAGACAUGGCCCAUCGCCAUAGUGAAUGGCCUCAGGAGGCAUCCCAUAAUGCUACAUCUAACAAACCAUCCAACCGACCCAAUGGAGGAACCCAUCGAAUCACCAUGACAACAUACCUCUGAUGACGACAACAACGGACAUGUCUGUUGCCCCGUUGGAACGCUGGUGUUCCACUGGGCCCCUGCAUUCUAGCCACAAUCCCCUGUUUUCCCACAAUCCACUCUGCCUCCGAACCCAUCACCUCGCUACUCCGUUCUGUCUUUCUUAUAAAUAUUGAAGAUUUUAUGUUUAAUCUUAUAUUUUCUACAAACAAAAAAAAGAAAGAAAAAAAAACGUUGAAAAAAACUUGUAGAGAAAGUCGAUGUAUUCAGUUGUUGUGUAACGUCUGUGCUAAGUUGCUCCGUUGUAAAGAGGCGUCAAGGUUACUUUAGCAUUUUAAUGUGUUGCUGCAAGCUGAUAUAUUCUCCAUUACCCUAGCGUACACAUCAUAUUCUUGUCCAGAUCACAUAAUCCAAGUUUUACAGGAAUAAUGCCUUUUUGAACUUGAUAAUAUAAAUCUAACACCCAUAAUAUGUUUUAUCUCAUAAGUGUUCACAUCGAGUGAUCACCGUUCUGUAUGACGUCUCUGAUUGUCAGAACACCGAGUAGGAACACAGGUGAACAUUCUUCCACACCCGUCAUGUCGGCCUAUGUCAAAGCAGGUAGGCCGAUUCCAUAACUCUAGGCCUACAGUAAUUCCCGUGGAAACACAUGACUACCUGUUACAUAGGUCGACACCAUUUAAUCAAUAGGCUAUCUUUUAUACCAACCGAAAAUUAUUAAAUUAAACCGGAUCCUGUGAUGGUUUCUACAGCAGAAACGGGGGCGUUUUUCAGACGACAAAAAAGACUGUCUUUUGCGAACUAUUGUCAACUGCCUGAAAGCCAUAAUGUCAUAUCUGCAUAUAGCCUAUUUGUUGAAUCCAGAGAAGAAGACCUUAGUUUGUUAUCAGAGCUGACUGUUGCAGAUGCAUCUCUAAUUUAUGUUAAGGAAAACGGUUGUGAUUGACAGCGGUGUUUAAAUAAUGGAUAGUCUGAGGAUUUAUUUUAAUUUUUGUAAUGUAACGUAAUCAUAAAACCGUGUGGUUUAGAGGGCGGACGUGUUUUUGAAAAGACUAUCCCUGAGAUUUUAACAAGUCCUUCUAUCUGACUGUAGUGAACAGAGCCGGUCCACACAAUACUUUCCAACCGGUCAUUGGGGAGCAUUGGGUGCUGGGGACAAGGGACAGCUCACCUUUCAGUCCCACUAGCUACCCCUACCCAGCCACAUAGUGGGAUGGGACCCCCCCCCCCCUCCGGCUUGACAGGACAACCAGUGACAUUUACCACGUUCAAAUGCCAGCGGUCGUCUCAUUCAAACUCGUAACCCAUCUUAUCGGAAGUUCAAACGUUUUUGGUACCCCCGAGGCUAAUAAUAAUACACAGUAUUUACUAUACCGCUUUUAUGUCUGACAUGUUAAUUUAUUCAUGGGAUUUGUUUCCGUAGCGACGCUACGCUGUUAAUGUCGCUUUUCAAAAAGAAUGCUGCAGGUCAAAUUGUGGAGAUUAAAUCAGUUGACUUGCAACCCUGUUGAUCAGGUGUCAUCUAGUUUGUACAUAUGAUUCACUGUUCAGUUCUUUAUCUUAAAUAUUAAGCCUGUUCGUUGGUUCUUAAUUGAAAUUAUAAAUUGUGUAUUGUUCUUUUGGACGGUAAAUGUUGUUUCUCUGGCUGGUGUUUAUUUUCUUUUAACCCAAAGUUACUUCUUUAUUUUUGGAGCAUAGCGAGCUUCCCAUAUUUACUAUUUUGAAUCUCUGUAUCCACUUAAAUCCAACUGAAAUAAAAUAAAA